AUGGCCAUUCCCCACUUACUAGGGCUCCCCAUGGAGCUUAUCUAUCAGAUUUUUGAGGACUUUUCACCAGGAGAGGUGAUGCCUUUCGCCCAAACAUCACAAGGCGCUCUUGUUCUCUCCCUAUCUUUCGUCGACCUGGAAGAGAUGUUCAAGUGGGCCUGUGAAGAAAACAUUAAACAAGCAAUGCUUCUCAUGCGCUCCGCUAUUCUGCGUGCAGCACAGGAUGACCCAGAGAUAGGAUACAACGCCCUAGCGCAGGCUUGUAAAGGUCGUCACAUUGAGAUUGUGCAGCUUUUGGUCAGUAGCGGUGUCCGUAUCGAAUGGCCAGGGUCUCUAGGGUUAACACGCAAGGCUGACUUUUACAAUACUCCUCUGGGCUGUGCUAUGCGAGACAGUAACCCUAAGUUACUAAAUCUGCUUCUCGAGGCCGGCGCCAAUAUCGAUUCGGCUACAAACCAUUAUUCGGAGCCUAGUGCACCAUAUAUACCACAACCAAGCCUGUUGCACCAUGCAUCAAUCCAUGGGUUUAUCAGCUUGAUCCAUAUACUCUUGGCACGCGGUGCGGACGUCAAUCAGCACGAUCGACUAGGCACAACUCCACUGCAACUGGCUGCCGAGUGGGGUCAUAUCAAGAUAGUUAAGCUCUUCCUAUCUCGCGGUGCCGACAUCAAUCAGCGGGGUCGAUUCUACUCAACCCCGUUGCACCAGGCUGCCGAGAAUGGCCAUGUAAUGAUCGUGAAGCUCUUACUAGCUCACGGUGCCGACGUCGACCUAGCUGACAACAAGGGGCGCACUGCACUCUCAGUGGCUGCAUGUCAAGAAUAUAAGGCUACCGUUCGGCUCUUAUUGGAUGCGGGUGCCCAGAUAGACACCAGGGACAAGGCUGGCUAUACCCCUUUGAUACUUGCCACCAUGAGAAACCGCGAUGCAAUCUUAAAACUGCUUGUGCAGAGCGGGGCAGAUGUCAACCUGGAAAGUAAGCUUGGCCGCACUGCCCUCUCCUUCGCGGUAGAAUUCAGCCUACACCAUAUAGUGGAGUAUCUUGCAGGCCGGGGGGCGGAUGCGUAUUAUGCGUCUCGAUAUGGACUAAGUCCCAUGUGCUAUGCGGAGAAAAGAAGGAAGACAUACCGACUAGUCACUGCUCUCAAAGAAGCCGGCUGCCGACGAACUCGCUGUUGGGUGUCGCGUGAGCGUGGCGGUUACCAGGAGCAUUUAAUGGGAAACCACUUUCAUACAAACUAA